CAAUUAUCAAAUAACACAUCCAGUUAACCCGAAUAAAACUUUAGGUUUUCAGAUCUGGUAACAAUUGCAAGACCAAAUUCAUAUUGGAUCUUGGGUUGAUUACUGAUCAGCCAAAUCUCGAACAAACCGAUCCAAAAUUCAAAACCAGCCGUGUGCAAAUUUGGCUAUUUGCUUUGAAUUUUUGUCUACUCGGAGAACGGUAGAAAAUACACCGGAGAUAUUGAAGAUCGGUAUAAUUCAUUGGAUUGAAUUGAUGAUGGUAACAUGAGACCCACGCACCAGAGUGUAUAAUCACAGCUCGUCUCGUCUGGCCCCUCACCCCCACUUUCGAUCUGACAAUGCAAGUUGAUUUCUUAGGGUUUCUAUCUACGAAUACUGAUUCCAGCAAAUCCAAGUGAAACAACGGUAUAUGUGAUUUGAUUGAGAUUGGAAGUGUAAAGACUGGAUUGAUUGAUGCUGUACAAAUCGUGAAAAAGAAAUGGAUCCAAAGCCUUCCCCCAGAUCGGGAAGGUUCGCCCCUAUUAAUCGACAUAAUUCUACCCCUUCCUCCUUGUUAUCGAAAUCACUUUCCGAUGCAAGUACCCAAAACUUAUCCUCCAUCCUCAACAACCCACAUGUCUCCGACGGCUCCUGGGUCGGUUGGUGGUCGUCUUCAACUGCUGUACAAGUCGCUGAAUUUGCUCCUCCUGCCGCCAACAAAACCCCUGGUUUAGAAAUAACUAGAUCCGAUUUCACAUCAUAUUUAUCCUCAAUCUCCGAUCACCAUAGCCGUUUCGAAGACAUUCGGAACCAUUCAAACAAGGAGAGCAGGGAUGCGGAUGCCAUUGAUCACCAUGAGAGGGCAGGGGAAGCUCUUGUUGCGUGUUUGCGGGAAGUUCCUUCAUUGUAUUUCAAGGAGGAUUUUGCACUCGAAGAUGGAGCAACUUUCAGGGCAGCUAGCCCGUUCUCUACUAUCGCUGAGAACACCGUGUUACAAGAAAAGUUGUCUCAGUACUUGGAUGUGGUCGAGCUUCAUUUGGUUAAGGAGAUCUCGCUGCGUUCCAAUUCGUUUUUUGAAGCACAGGGUCAGUUAGAAGAUUUGAAUCUUAAGAUUGUUGAAGGGUGUAGUCGGAUCCGGGAAUUGAAGGAGACGAUUAGGCUUUUGGAUGUAGAUUUAGUGGAUUCAGCUCGUCAAAUUCAGGAGUUAAAUCAUACCCGGAGCGAUAUGUUGGCACUGCAGGAGAAGCUUAGGCUUAUAUUAUACGUUAACCAAUCUCUUGCUGCUCUUAAGUUGCUUGUUGCAUCUGCUGAUUGUGCUGGAGCUUUAGACGUGACUGAUGAUUUGAAGCAUUUUCUGGAUGGGGAUCAAUUGACUGGCCUACAUUGUUUUCGUCACCUUGAGGAUCAUGUAGCUGCUGCAAUAGAUUCUGUAAAUAGCAUUCUUUCAACAGAGUUUUUGCGUGCAUCUAUCAAUGAUUCUGGAGAUAAGGAUGUGGUUAUAUUAACUAAAGCAAAAGCAAAGAUGGCCCCACUGGGAAAUGGAGAAGAUAAUGAAGUAAACUUGUAUGAAGAAGACACCUCAAGUUUCCAUGAUCGACUUUUACCUCUUAUUAUUGGCUUACUUAGAACUGCAAAACUUCCAACUGUUUUGAGAAUAUAUCGCGAUACAGUUACAUCUGACAUGAAAACUGCUAUAAAAUCGGUUGUUGCAGAGCUGCUUCCUGUUCUUCUUGCAAGACCUUUAGACUCUGAUUUUAAAUCAAACGAUCGAAUUGUUGAUUCAGAUGGUGGAGGCUCAUCACUUGCAAGUAAGUUAAGAAGCUUGUCUUCUGAAAGCUUUGUUCAACUUCUUGGCACCAUUUUCAAGAUUGUACAGGCACACUUACUUCGAGCUGCUGAAGUUAAAAAAGCCAUUGAAUGGAUAAUGUCCAAUCUUGAUGGUCAUUAUGCUGCUGAUUCAGUUGCUGCUGCAAUUGCUCAUGGUGCUUUAAAUUCCGAAAAUGCCCCUCUCGGUGAUUCUCAGUCUGGAUCCUUUCCUAGGAAUUCUAUCAAGGUGUCCCCAAUCCAACCAAAAUCGAACGAUGCCACAAGUCCAUCAAAUUUAUCAAAAAAUUUCAGAGCUGAUGUAUUGAGAGAAAACACGGAAGCAGUGUUUGCAGCUUGUGAUGCAGCUCAUGGAAGAUGGGCAAAACUUCUUGGUGUGCGUGCUCUUUUGCAUCCAAGACUAAGGCUUCAAGAGUUUUUACAAAUAUAUAACGUGUCACAAGAAUUUGUUACUGCAACAGAGAAGAUUGGUGGAAGGUUGGGAUAUAGCAUCCGUGGAACAUUACAGUCUCAAGCCAAAGCUUUUGUUGAUUUCCAACAUGAAUCUCGGAUGACAAAACUGAAAGCAGUGCUUGAUCAAGAAACAUGGGUUGAAGUAGAUGUGCCUAAUGAAUUCCAGGGAAUUGUGGAUUCCCUGUUUAGCUUGGAAUCCUUAGGAGUUGGUGAUUCCGAUGAUAAAAGCUACAAUGAACAGGCUGUUGAUGGAAUUGUGGAUACCACUGGACAGGUUAAUAAUGUUAAAACAAAGAAUGAACAUGGAAAAUCUGGUGCUCAUUUGAUCUCAUUCAGAGGUGUUGGGUACCACAUGGUAAACUGUGGGUUAAUCCUGUUGAAGAUGUUAUCAGAGUACAUUGAUAUGAAUGCUGUUUUGCCAGCACUUUCAUCUGAAGUUAUUCAUCGUGUUCUUGAAAUGUUGAAAUUUUUCAACACAAGGGCUUGUCAGCUUGUUCUUGGUGCUGGUGCCAUGCAGGUGUCUGGUUUAAAGUCGAUUACAUCAAAACAUUUGGCAUUGGCAAGUCAGGUUGUGAGUUUUGUGCAUGCUAUUAUCCCUGAAAUUAGGAGGAUUCUUUUCCUGAAAGUACCUGAGACACGAAAAGUAAUGCUGUUAUCAGAAAUUGAACGAGUAUCACAGGAUUAUAAAGUGCAUAGAGAUGAGAUACAUACAAAACUGGUGCAAAUAAUGAGGGAAAGGCUGUUAGUUCAUCUUCGUGGAUUACCUCAAAUUAUUGAAACAUGGAAUCGAUCAGAUGAAACUGAUGUACAACCCAGUCAAUUUGCUAAAUCACUCACCAAGGAAGUUGGAUAUCUUCAACGUGUGCUUUCACGAACUUUGCAUGAAGCUGAUGUUCAAGAAAUAUUCAAAGAAGUGACAAUCAUCUUUGACAUACAAAUAUCUGAUGCAUUUUCACACGUGGAUAUUACCAAUCAACAAAUAAAAACCAGGCUUAAUUGUGAUAUCCAGCAUAUCCUUGGAUGCAUAAGAUCAUUGCCAUCAGCCAAGUUAAGUAGUGAGUCGGGGGCCCCACUUGCAGCAAAAGCCAAUUGGAGGUGCUUGAUCAUAUGAUGCAAUUUUCAAAAAUACAAAUUUUGAGGAGACUACUUUUGGUAACGGGAAUGUAUAACUUAAUGGGUACAGAUAAGAGAUGUAAGAUUGAAGUUGAUUGAUAUUUUUCUUUUUUUCAUUUUGUGUUUGAUUUUGUUUUGUUACUUUUGGUGGUUAUAUAUAUUCUUGGCAGAUAGUAGUGAUUUUGUAUUGGCUGCAAUUCGUGUAUCAAAACCGUACAAUCUAAUACAAU